AUGAGUACUCUCAAGGACCACAUCGCCAAGGCGUCUGAACGUUAUUCUGGCACUUUUAAGAAUGGUGGCUUGAAGUCGCCACCCUCGAGGCACUUCAUCUUUGUCACCUGCAUGGACGCACGAAUCGACACCCACGCCGCUUUUGGCAUCGGCCCUGGCGAGGCUCACGUCAUUCGCAAUGCCGGUGGUUCUGCUGCCGACGCGCUUCGAAGCAUUGUCAUCUCCCAACAGCUUCUUGGCACUCGAGAAGUGGCCAUUAUCAAGCACACAAAGUGCGGAAUGGACGGCCUCCCCAACGAGAUGGUCCACGCCACCGUUCUCAAGAACCUCGGUAUUGAGGCCAUUGGUGAGCUGAAGACACGAAACAUGAUCGACUUCCUCCCCGUGGGCGGCGGCAUUACCCAUGGUGUCAAGGAAGACGUCAAGCUCCUCAAAACCUCGAGCCUCGUUCCUAGAGAUAUCGAAAUCACAGGGUGGAUCUACGACGUUGAUAGCGGAGCUACUACGAGAGUCUGCUAA